CAUCGCUAUUGUCACCCUUUUAAACAUAUUGUAAUAUUGAUUGUAUGGUAUCGUAAUAGCAACAGAAAAGUUCAGCACACGACCAUAAAUUUGGCAAAAAGAGCUUAAUUCAUCCGUGAAAUUGGUGUCAGAUACAGCAGGUAUACUAGUCGUACGUCAGCAGAUAAUUGUAUCAUUGCAAUUGUUAUCUGUGAUAACGGGUUUCGCUUAUAUAUUCAAGACAAAAGUGACGACGCUGAUCCGGGACCGCCAGGUCUCAGCUGUUAUUUGCCAAUAGACACCAAAGCAACACCAUAACAAGUGCAUUAGAUCAUAAUCUUCGUACGAGUUCUCAAACCGUCGUCCCGGUAUUCGGCGUAGGACAUUGUAAAUGAACGGUUAACUUUUAUCACUUUUUGGCCCCUUUGAUAAAGGUUAUUGCGCUAUAAACAGCGGGUUUCGAGCGAACUUGGAUUUUGGUUUUUGCACGACUUUAGUCACCUGAGAGUCUUCACUGGGUUGAAUUGAUUGUUUCUUGGCUUGGAGUUGAAAAUGCCCGGUUCCGUUAGUACCCGUAAGGAUCCCACCACCUGGUUGAACAACGAGUUCUUCGAGAAGGUGCUACGUCAGGUGACCAACGAUAAGGGUCUGGUGGUUGAGGACUUCUUCAUCAAUCUGCAUGCGAACGCUGGAGAACACUACGCCAGUACGAUCUACCGAGCGCAGGUCAGCUACCGUUCGCGAGGCAAGGUGGAGCCAAUUGCGCUGGUGAUCAAGCUGAUCACUUCCAAGGUGAAUCAGCUUGCCGAUGACUCGUCGUUCGAGAAUGAGCUGAACCUGUACAAGAAUCUGCUCAACCAGAUGCAGAAUCUGCUGAAAAAGGCAGGGGUUGAAGGUGCGCAGUUGGCUCCCAAACUUUUGUACGCAUCUACGGAGCCUCAACCGGUGAUCAUCUUGGAAGAUGUUACUUCGAAAAAGUACGAACUUCACAAAGGUUUGAUGAAUUUGGAAAACUCCAAAGCCAUCGCGACGAAGCUGGCCAGAUUUCAUGCAGCUUCGUACUGUGCACUCCAGGACAUUGAGAGCAAAAGUUUCGGUGAUCUUUCCGCUGGACUGUUCCAGACGAAACCAAACAAUGGAACCAAGUUCAUGGAGGAGAACUUUGGCAUAUUUGCCGAGGAACUGGCCAAGUGGGGUGGCUUUGAAAAGUACGCCGAAAAGAUCAAAGGUGUGCUGCCAACCUUCUUGAGCCGCGGUGCUGCCAUCUACAAUCAACACAACAACAGCUUUGCCGUCAAGGUGCUGAAUCAUGGCGAUUUCCACUACAACAACAUGCUGGUUCGAUUCGACAGCGACAGGACGUCCGUUGCCGAUGUUCUGCUGAUCGACUACCAGCUCAGCUUCGUUGGUUCCCCCGCAAUCGACCUGUUCUAUCUGCUCUACCUGGUUUGUGAUCGUGAAACGCGCGAAAAGCACCGCCAGGAGUUGAUCUACCACUACCAUCGGCAGCUGGUGGAGACCCUGGCCAAGGUUGGCCACAUCGGCAAGGUUCCGACGCUGUUCGAGCUCAACGAGGACAUGCUCAAGUGUGGCUUCCUGGAGGUUGUGAUUGCUGUGUGCUUCAUUCCGUUCCUGUUUGCCGACUAUGGAACGGCGCUGAACGUGUUUGAUAACAGCCAGGAUGCGAAGCAGUACCGUAGGCAGCUGUACAAUGGGACCGAAUAUCGGAAGAUUAUUGAGCCGCUGUUGCUGAACUUUUUGCACAAGGGAUUCCUGGAUGCUCACUCGAGUAUGCCGGCUAAGAAAGACCCAACCACCUGGCUGAACAGUGCCUUCUUCGAGCGGGUACUGCGGGAAGCAACGGAGGAUGCUUCCGUUACGGUGGAGGAUUUCUUUAUCAACUUGCACGCGAAUGCCGCGGAACAUUACGCCAGCACGAUCUACAAGGUGCACGUCAGCUAUCAGCACCAGGGGCAGAUGGAGUUUGUGGCGCUGGUCGUGAAGUUGAUCGCGUCCAAGACGGACCAAAAGCCGGACGAUUCGGCGUUCGAGAACGAGCUGAAUCUGUACAAGAAUCUGGUGAGUCCGAUGCAGAAGAUGCUGAAGAAGGCGGGCGUUGCGGAUGCGCAGCUGGCGCCGAACCUACUAUACGCAUCCACUGAACCGCAACCGGUUAUCAUUCUUGAAGAUGCGCAAUCCCUGGACUACGAAACGCGUAGAGGUCUUUUUGAUCUGGAAAACUCCAAAGUGAUCUGUACGAAGCUUGCAAAGUUCCACGCGGCGUCCUACAAGCUUCUGCAGGAUGGGAAGAGUGAUACUUUGGGUAACUUAUCGCAUGGUCUGUUUCAAGCCAAACCAACAAAAGGUACCAGAUUUAUGAAGGAAAGCUUUAACAUCUUCACGGAAGAGUUGGCUAAAUGGGAGGGCUACGAGGUGUAUGCUGAGAAGUUCAAGAACUUGCUGCCCAAUUUCUUUGUUAGAGGUGCCCAAAUUUACAACCAAUCGAACAGUAGCGGUAUGAUUAAGGUCCUGAACCAUGGAGACUUUCACUACAACAACAUGCUGAUGAGGCUUGACGAGAAUAGGUCAUCGCUGCAGGACAUUCUACUCGUCGACUUCACGCUCAGCUUCUGCGGUAGUCCCGCAGUCGAUCUGUUCUACCUGCUGUACCUCGUAUGCGAAGGAGAGGCGCGCGAUGGUCACCGGCAAGAACUGAUCGCGCUGUACCACCAGCAGCUGGUGGCAACUCUCGAGCAGAUUGGCCACGUCGGACCGGUUCCCACACUGGCCGACCUCAACGAAGAUCUGGUCAAAUGUGGCUUCCUGGAGGUCGCGAUCGUCGUGUGUUUCGUGCCGUUUUUGUACGCCAGCUUCCUCGCCGCCCAAAACACGUUCGACAGCUGCAAGGAUGCUACACAGUACCGGCGGCAACUUUACAACAAUCCGAAGUAUCGGGAGAUCAUAGAACCGUUGUUGCCAAUGUUCUUGCAGAACGGCGCGUUGGAUUAGUUGGUUGGAAUUCUACUAGAAUCUAGAGUAUCUUGGUGG